GUUUUUAGUAUAUAUAUAUAUAUAUAUUUAUAUCAAUAUAUUAUUUUCUCCAUGAUCAUUGUGAAUUUAUUUUAGUUUCAAAGUAUAAUUUUUAUCAUGGUAUCAAAACAAAUCUUAUCUUUAUAUAUAUAUAUAUUAAAUGAUUGGUCCAAAUAGUGGAUAAUAUUCGAAAUGACCAUAACUGAAUGAAUAUAUUAAAAGUCUCAUUUUACAAAAAAGAAAGAAAUAGGAAAUCAUACUCGUCAACCAAUAUUAAGAUGAUAAUUGUUGACGAAAAAAAAAGAGAUGAUAUUUGUUAGUCAGAAAAAAAGAUGAUAUUUUUGUACCUCAAGCUUUAUUUAUUAUUUUUAUCGACGUAUCUUAAACUUUUGUUAACGUGAAGCCAAAAUUAUUUUGUCAGGUACUAGGUACUGCAUCAUCCGUGCCCCUUUGUCCGUUUCUGUCUAAAAUGCAAAACAAGCCCAUCGAAUUGUGAUUGAAGAGAGUAAACAUCCAAUUUAAUAAAUAAAUAAAUAAAAACAUCCAAAAUAAAAGAAUUAAACCACAAUUUCACAAAAGAACGUAUUGUGAUUCCACGGACACGUACCCCGUGUAUAUGCAUGUUGUUAUAACUACAGUUUUUAACUUAAGGCAUAUAUUUUUGACGUCAAAAAAAAAAAAAAAAACUUAACGCAUAUAUUAUAUAAUAAAACAAAAGGUUUACAAACAUGCACAUAUAAUAAGCCUAUAUAUAGCGUAGCGUUAAAUAGUAUUCACGAACUAACCAACGAAUAGAGAAAAUAAUCAAACAUCAAAUUUAAUAAAAGGUUAAACCACGAUUUCAUAGAAAAACCCAUCGUAUUGUGAUUCCACGUACCCGCCGUAUAUGCAUGUUGUUAUAAUUACAGUUUUUAACGUAACCCACAUAUACUAUAUAAUUUAACUGUACGGUAUACAUACAUGCACCAAUCCAAUGUAUAUAAGACAAUAAAGUAAUGUUUGAUAAAAUUCACGAACUAACCAACGAAGAGAGAUGGCGAGUAGUAGUUCGUCGAGUUAUGGGAUUGAGCAACUUCAAAAAGAAUGUUACUAUGAGUGGAUGAGUUUACAAGCGAAACACAUAGUUGAUCUCAAAGAAGCACUCAUGAGGCAAAGAUCAAACGCCUACAAUCAUCACAAACUCGAAGAGCUCGUUGGUAAAAUCGUCAACGACUUCCAAAGCUAUGCCAAAAGACGAUCGGAGCUGACAGACAAAAGCUGCUCUAGCUACUUUGCACCGUCGUGGAACUCUUCUCUAGAGAAUGGUCUUCUAUGGAUGGGAGGAUGUCGUCCUUCAUCUUUCGUUAGAGUUAUAUACGCUCUAUGUGGAUCCUGUGCUGAAGCUCAUCUUUCUCGGUAUCUCCUCCAGAUAGAUGAAAACAUCGAUGAUGGCCAUGAUGGUGAUAGUUCCAUGAGUGAUCUCACCGCGACUCAGCUUGAGAAAAUCAAUGACUUACAUGUAAAGGUGAUAAGGGAAGAAGAUAAGCUAACCAAGAAAUAUGCGAAUUUCCAGGAGGAUGUUGCGGAUAUGCCAAUCGCCGUCACGGCUUUCUGGAGGGACUCGGUUGAAGCUGAUGUGGCGGUUGAAGAUGCUUUAGAUAAGCAUGAAGAGUGCAUGGGGGUUUUAAUGGCGGAGGCUGAUAAGGUGAGGGUAGAGACGCUUAAGAGGAUUGUGGAGGUUUUGACUCCGGUUCAAGCGGCGGAGUUUUUGCUCUCCGGGAAAAGAUUACACAUGUCGUUGCACGAGUGGGGAAGAGCUAGAGAAGAUCGUGGUUAUGGUUGUGUGCACGUGCGGAUGCAGCAGCAGGGAUAGCCGGAGCCAGAAAGUCAAAGAGAUCGGACACUUAUUGAUAUGUGAGUGUGAGUUUUGUAAGGUCAAUAAAUAAUCUUGUGUAAUAGUUUGGCCUAAGUAGAGAUGAGUGUCUUUUGUGUGUGAGAGAGAGAAUGUUAAGUGUCAUUAUGUGUGUGUGAGACGUAGUUACGCUUUUGCUUUUGUCUUAUACAAGGAAUAACAAAAGCAGUAAAACGUC